ACGGUCUUUGUGUGGGGAUGGGAGGCGUGACUAAAGAUAAAGUUAUCAAAUCACGUCAGAGAUCCGUCACAAAAUAUAAACGAAUUUUGAAAUAGUACUUGCACUUCGUUAAAUUCAACUCUUGAACGUAAGCACUUUCUCUGUGAUUUAUCAAAAAUACAAUGGAUACAUAUGAAAGUGUAUUACUCGUGAAAUCUGAAGUAUUUGUAUUUAAAAUACCACCAAGGUCAACGAAUAGGGGUUAUCGUGCAGCUGAUUGGAAUCUUCAAGAACCUACAUGGACUGGACGUAUGCGUUUAGUUUCUCAAGGAGAUUCAAUUACUAUAAAAUUAGAAGAUAAAGUUACUGGAGAAUUAUUUGCAAAAUGUCCAAUUGAACAAUAUCCAGGAAUUGCAGUUGAACCAGUUACAGAUUCUUCUCGUUAUUUUGUUUUAAGAAUUCAAGAUGAUAAUGGAAGAUCGGCUUUUAUUGGUGUUGGAUUUCUAGAUAGAUCUGAUAGUUUUGAUUUAAAUGUUGCUCUUCAAGAUCAUUUCAAAUGGCUCAGAAAUCAAGAACAAAUAGAAAAAGAAAAGGAUAAACCAAAACAAGAAUUAGAUCUUAGAUUUAAAGAAGGAGAAACAAUAAAAAUAAACAUGAAAAUUACUAAAAAAGAUGGUACAGAAGUUUCUACUAAAACAAAACAACGUGCCAAUACAAAUUUGGGUUUACCACCUCCACCAGGUGGUGUAAAAAUUGCUCCACCACCUGCAAAAACUCCAACCUCAUCUCCUGCACACAAACCUAUUCAAAAUCAAACUCAAACAAGUUCUGAAUGGGGAGAAUUUGCUAGUGCAUCACAACAAUCUCAAACUCAACAGCCAACAGUAGGAAAUGCCAGUUGGGUUCAAUUUUAAUUUACAGGUGUAUUAAAAUUUAAUAUAGCAAUAUUGUAGUAUCAUAGAUAUAUAUAUAUAUAUAUAUAUAUAUAUAUAUGUAUAUAUAUAUAUAUAUAUAUAUAAUAAAAAAAUAUAUAUAUACUUUUAAUUUAUAUAUUCACUAUUUACAUAUGUAUAUUAACAUAAGUGCAUGUUGCAUAUAAAUACCUUUUAAGGGUAAUUAUUAACAAAGAUGUUUCUAUGUAUAUAGUCAAUGAAUACAUAUAUUUUACUAUAUUAUGAUAUAGUUUUUUUUUUAAUUUUGAUUCAGUUAUAAAAUAAUUUAUAUCUAAAAAAAUUUCAUUUGAAUAACUAUAUAAUAAAUUUUAUUUAAAAAUUAAGUAAAAUACAUACUUCAUAUUCACAUUGUUAUAAUUUUUGAAGCAUUAAGAUAGAUUAAAAAAAUAUAAUUAAUAUUUAAUUUUCGUUAUUAUAUUUCUUAUUACUAUAUUAUAAAUAUUAAAUAAUGUACAUAUUAUAUUUUUUAUUUAAAUAAAAUAUAUAAAAUAUAUGAAAUAAUUCAUAUUUUUUAUAUAAAUAAUUAACGAAUAAGUUUGUCUUAUACAAAUUAAAAUAAAAAAAAUUGAACAAUAAAAAGUAUAUAUACUAAAUAAAAAUUAAUAUAAGUUUAAAUUAUCAAAUAAAAUAUUAUUAAUAAUAUAAUUAUUGAAUAUAAAUAUACUAAAAAUAUUUUCAAUAUUUUCUAUUGCAUGGAUACAUUCUUUGUGAAAACCCUUAAAGGAAUAUGAAUUAAAUUGUGGUACAAUCUUAAUUAGUAUUAGUUUUUGGUAUUUGUACAUAAAGCAGAAAUUAUGCAAAUGUACGGCCUAAUUUUAUGGAUGUGUUAGAUUUUUAGAUAUUUUGAUUUUGCAUUGAUAAAUAAAAAAUAAUUUUUAUUAUUAUAUUAUUAUUUAAUUGUAUUAUGAAAUAUAUAAUCUUUUUAUGUAUUCUUUUAACUUUAACUUUAAAAAUAAUAUAUUAAAGAUUUACUUUAUAUUAAUAUUAAUAUAAUUUUUCUCGAAUAACUGCAUUAAAUAGAUAAAAAAUUAUAUACUAAAAUGGAUUAAAUUUUCUUUUUAUGCACUCAAAAUAUUUCGAUCAAUUUUUAUAUCUUAUAUUUGAUAAGUAAAAUCUGAAAAUUUUAACUUUAGAAAACUGAUUUUAAAAUUAUACAUAUACAAAAUAUAGCUUAUAUAUUUGAUAUAAAAUAUAAAAAACAUAAAAAACUUAAGUAUGUAUAUGUUGAAUAUUUAUAACUAUAAAUAGUUAUAUCAAUGAAAAUAGAUAUAAUAAUGAUGAUAAAAAUUGAUCCAAUAUUUAAAGUGUAGGAAAAUCAUUUUUAAAAUUAUUUUAAAAUAAAAAUUAUUGUUUUUUAUUCAAAAAUAUGUAAAGACAAAAAAACGAAUGCAAAAUUAAUCUAUAUAUGAAUUAAUGAAAAUAAAAUUUAUUACAUAUCUUUAUUUGUAGAAGUAAAAAAAAUUUCAUGUAUAUAUUAAAAAAUUAUUAUUUAAACAUAAUAUAAAUUUUAAAUUAAGUGCAAAAUGAUUGUAAAUUAUUUACAAACAAAAAUUUGUUAGAUGAAUAGAUAUUUGAAAUAAUAAUUUACAUAUUUUAAUAUCAUUGUAUAUUAUAAAUGAUGUUAAGUUAUACUGUUAAUAUUAUCUAUGUUAAUAUUUAACAAAAAUAUCUCGUAAUUCCGUAAAUUACAUUCCAUUCGUAGUUACGAAAGUAAUAAUAAAAUAUGUAUACACAUAUAUGUAUAUCCACAUAUUUAACAUUAUUUUUCUUUUCAUAAGUAAAUGAAAAAUAGUAUUGCUUUUUAUUGUAUAUUUUCAUUUAUAAUUAUAAUAAAUUGCAUAAUUAUUAAUAUACUAAAUAAUUAUUAAAAAUCGUAUUACAAAUAAUACUUUGCAAUUACAUACAUAAUAGCUGAAAAUUUUAUUCUAUAGUAGAACCUUGAUUAUUGCACGAAAUGAAAUUAAAAAUAUAUAUAAAUAUCAAGAUUUGUGCAACAAAUAUUUCAAACAAUCAGUCUAAGAUUUAUAUGCUUUUAUAAAUCAUCAUUAUCCACAGAACAUGAAACUAUGCUCAUCACAAUAAUGAAUAAUAUUUACAUGCAUUGAUCAAAGUUCUAUUAUAUCAUAAGAUUAUUUAUAUUUUUAAUAAAUAAUCAACAACGUUUAUUACGAGCAACAUUAAGUCGUAAACUGCGCAUAGCCAUAGCGCGACUAAAAUGACGUUGAACUGGACGUUGAAGUUGUCCAUUAACUAAACUAGAAUCUUCAUCACACUCUACACUGCUUAAAACUACUAAAAGUACUCCAAGUACC